UUUCGGUUAAGUCGCCGCGGGUGGACAAAGAGUGUUUUCUAAAUGCACGGCGGAUAGCGGAAAGAUGAAAUUAAUUUGCGAAACCUGUACCAUCAACCGGACCGUAAGUGGCGGCAAGCGGGUGUUCCUCAAGACGAUACUGGCGAUCGGCAAGGGGUCCGAACGGAAGGCGGACGAAACGAAGAUCAUGCUCAUCACGACCAGCAACAAAACCGGCACCAAAUAUCCGGUGCUAAACAACAUUGGCAAAAUAUUCACCCGCUUCCUCGAGGAGGGCAAGGCCACGAUUUCCUUCCUUGCGCCCGAACACGAUGUGCAGAUCAAGAGCGACAAGAUCCAGUUGACCGCAUUUCUGAAGGUGCUUAAACUCGUCCUUACUGGCGGUCGCCGUGGCAACGAUGGCGAUGGCCAAAUGCUCUCUACGACGGAGACGUCGUCGCCUGCUCAACCGGUUCCACUUCGGCUGCCCUGUCUGACGGUGGAUAGCAAGAAGGCGUCCAUGCUAGGGUCCACCAAUGUCCUUAGCACACGGUGUGUGAUCAAGCACCGCAAGGACUAUCCAUCGAAGGGCUUCUCCCGGCUGCUCGUGUCACUACAGAUAUCGGACAUUAAGCUCUGCCGUCUCGACACCCAGAUAAUGCUACUGCCACAGCUUCGAUCGCUUAAUCUGUCCAACAACAGCUUGCAGCAGCUGCCCCGAAAGUUUGGCCAAAUGCGUCUCACCGAUCUCGAUCUGUCGGGUAAUAACCUACAGGACAGUGCUGAAGGCUGGCAGUGGUUACUAGAACCCAACAUACAAUCCACCCUACAAACGCUCAACAUCUCCGGCAACGGGCUCUCGUUCCUACCGAUCAACCUCAUCUACGCCCGUUCGCUCGUGACGCUGAUGGCCGACAAUAAUCUCAUCCAGAAGAUUCCGUUCGCGCUGUGGAAAAUGCAGCGUCUUCGGGAACUUUCGUUGGCCAACAACCACAUCACGGCCAUCCCCGAAACGCUGCGACGAAUGCGGCUGCAAAGGUUGGAUUUAUCGGCCAACGAGCUGUCUGAAAAGGAGGCUACCGUACCGGAUCUGAGGCUGCCGGAAACGGCCACCAAAGUCGGACAACCGUCGAGCCUGUUCGAAUCCGCGGCCCGGGUGGUAAUCCAGCGAAAGAUACCCUACUGGCUACCCGGGAUCGUGCCGUUUACUAUCGUGGAGACACUGCACCGCACACCACUCUGCGGCUGCGGUCAACCGUGCUUCGAAUCCAAAGUUUACGAGCGUGCCAAGGUGAUAAUGCUCAACUGUAAGCACAUAAUUCUCAACGCGAACCAUAAGCUGUACGCCGACUGUGUCUUUUGUAGCCUAAAGUGUUCCCGAAAAGUUUGAUACUACCUAGAGUGUAUUGUUUUUAAAUUGUUUCAAAAAUAAAUUAUUGUUCCGAACUGAUCGUA